AAUAAUUAUUACCGUAGCCGCAUUCUUGUUAUAUAGUACUUAUUUAUUCAGGAGUAAACUCCAAUAGGGUUGAUAGGAUUUAUUUUUUAAUUAAAGAUACACAGGAUAGGAGGAUGAUCUGAAGUCCACAAAGACAUAAGUAAUCAGCAAUUGUCUUGUGCACCAAGUGAUACCUGAAACAUACUCGUGAGUAGUAAUGUUUUUAAACUUAUAUCCAUAAAGUGCAACUGAUUCCCCUCUCAGAUUUCACUGAGGCACUUCCUAUGGCACAGUAUUCAGUGAGAGGAAGAAAGGUUAAUCCUAGUCUCUUGAGCCAUAAAUCAGAUGCAGUCGACUAAACUCAAUAGUUUUCACUUUAUGGUAGACAUGACUCACACAGCCCCGGCACAAAACCACUUUCUGAAGACAAUAUCUGAUACUGGAAAAGCUGCAGAAUUCUGAUCGUUCAUUUACAGUCCCUAACGUUUUGAGGUGCGUUUUUUUUGUGUGUGUUUGGAGGGGCGCGUACGGUAGGCUUAUACUGACAAAAGGAGGUGUAUUGAAGUUCCUCUUUUUAGGCCACAAAUGGUGUGGGCAGGAGAUGAGUAUACAAAAACGGUCUUUAAAGACGUACCGGCUGUCUCGGCGCAGAGGUUAAAAAAAAAAAAAAAGUGCCCGCCAGCCACUCUGUGGGGACUGCUUCGCUGUUUCAGCCGCAGCACCAGCAAGCUGCAUGUAAACAAGGCUCAGAGAGACCAGCUCUUCCAACUGUUUAGCAACCUAAUUCCAUCGAAAAUAUUUCUUUUUGGAAAAGGCUUGGUCUGCAUUUCUCUGGAAUUGAUUUCGUGUUCUGUACUGCGUGGGAGAUUAGGGUCGCGCAGAUUUACUCCGAAGCAAUUAUCCUUUGCUCCAUAUGGAUCUUAUACCCAGAAAAGUCAGACUGACGCGUCAAAAGGAAGGGGGUACCGAUACCCACUAAGAGCGCCGUUGGAGGCUUGUUUUGAACUGGAGUUAUCCCACGGCCCACAGUGAAUCUCUCCCAAAGAAGGGGGGAGUGGCGAUGAUCUGCCUUCAGGCGCCUCUGUCAGUUGUCUCCGAGACAAAACUGGAUCAAUUUUUUUGGCCGCCUCGCUUAUCCCCAGUCUGUCCGGUAUGGCAGCUCAGUUCCCGACUCUUCUGACUGAAAAAAUACCUCUGCGCUGCCUUUGAUUCUUCCUACAGCCGAAGAGAAAGGUUCCCAAGAAAAGGCGGAAGACGACUGCCCCGAAAGUAGAGAGGUAAGGGGGUACAAAGAUGGGAGGGCAUUUUCGCAGAACUUUUCUCGGUUGUUGGGGAAAGGCUGCUUUUCCAAUAUGGGAAAAAUUACCCUCCUGGCCUAGAAGAUGGCUGGACUCACCGCUCCAUCUCAUUCCGGUUUUCCUCCUCGCAGAGCUCUGCUUUUCAGGGCAGCGCUUCUCUUGAAUCCCCAGCGCUUCUUUCUUGCUCGGCGGCAUCGGGCUCUGGACUCCUCUCUCGGCCUUUGGCAGCGCGGGUAAACCGCUGCUAGUAUCCCUGCACCCUUCCACCAGCACUUCUGGUUUUCUGACUGCUCGUUAAGAACGCAGAAGAACCAGGAAAAAAGCAAAGGCUAAACUUAAAUGUUUUUCUUUCGCCUCCACCCUCAGCGAUCGACCCCUCCCCGCCUGCCUCUACACGGGCUCCAGAUCUCUGCCGAACUGCCAGCACUGCCUCCGCGACUGAGCAAUGGACCGAACAAUGCAAUCUAUUUCGGGGCUCUGGUUGACCCGCCCAGGUGAGGCUCCGGUUUGCAAAACUACCCUUAGCAAAAGGAUUGUUUGCAAUUUCUGGAUAGAUGUCUUCUAAACAAUCGCAGAGGGGGAAAGGCCUUUGGAAAAAAAAACAAAAAACGUUCGCUGCCUACAGCCGUCAUCCUUUAGGGAACCAGCCUGGGCCCUUGGGGAUCCCGGGCCGAGAGCGUUAAGCUAGGAACGAUUCUCCUUUACCUUUGGAAACGCGAAAAUGUCCGCAGGCGGCGACUCUUCUAGGGGCGGCGCUGGCGAACAAGGCGUCUUGGCACCGGCCCCGGGGAAGGCUGGUCAGGGGCGUGAGCUCCCCUCUUCCCCCAGCACCAAAACAUUGGGGGGAGGAGGGGGAGGGGAAAAAAGGCAGCGCGCCCCCACGCUUUGCACUCCGGACAAUUAGCUGCCCGUGACUGGCUGUGCCCGGCGCGGGACUUAAUUGAGGAACCCCCCUCGGCCCAGCAUGCCCUGCCCCGGCUCUGGCCCUUCUGGCUUCUUGGCCUUUUUGGCCCCUGGACUGGCGCUGUUGGCUCACCUCUCUCUCCCCUCUCAGGCCGGGGUGAAGCGGCUUCCCGCCAGGACAAGCCCGCAGGGCACCCCGGCCAGGACGCUCAUCCUCCUGGACGUGAGUACCAGGAGCUCCCUCCGUGUCACCAGCGAGAACUUCCUCUCGCUGCAACUGGACCCUUCAAUCCUUCACGACGGCUGGCUGGACUUCCUCAGCUCCCGGCGCUUAGUGACCUUGGCGCGUGGCCUGGCGCCCGCCUUUCUCCGCUUCGCGGGCAAAAGGACCGACUUUUUGCAGUUCCAGAACGUGAAGAACCCAGCCAAGAGCCGUGGUGGACCGGGACCGGACUACUACCUCAAAAACUACGAGGACGACAUUAUUCGCAGUGAUAUUGCAUUGGAUAAACAAAAAGGUUGUAAGAUUGCCCAGCAUCCUGACAUCAUGUUGGAAUUACAAAGAGAAAAGGCAGCUCAGAUGCACCUGGUUCUUCUCAAGGAACAAUUCUCUAACACCUACACAAAUCUUACACUUACAGGUAAGGCUGCAAGCUAAGGAUCAUUAUUCCAUAGAAAUUGUAGUAGAAUAUAACUGCUCAUGUUUCAUGACAAAAAGAAAAAUAAAACUUUUAAUGAAAGCCUACUGAUGACAGACUAGCAGGGAAUACCAGAGAAAUAGACUGGAGAGCUGAAAACUGCCCCAGAAGAAGGCAGUGGCGAACUAUUUCUGUUCUGUUGCCAAAAAACCUGAGUGGAUCUAUCCAUAAAGUUAGCAGUAGUUAAGCUUGACUUGAAAGAGAAUUUAUUUAUAGCUCUGGGGCCAUGGGAAGAUUCUGUACAGAUAGCACAAAGCCAACUGGAAUGUUGUACACAUUAAAAUAUGGUCAUGAGUUUGCCUCCUUACUUUGCUGGCAACUUGAAUAUUUA